AUGACUCCGGAGGAGUUCGUUUUGUUCAAAUGCUAUGACUCUGUUGAAGAUGGGAGUGUUGCGGUUUCGACACCACACACCGCGUUUGAGGAUCCAACUACCGUUGCGGGCACGCCUCCCUGGCAGUCGAUCGAGCUGAGAGCUCUUGUUUUCUACGAUGAUUGA